AUGUCGACGUCGAACGAUCAAGCAGAAGGAUCUUCAUCAAGAACAGCUUCUGCAUCAGCUGAUCAUCAUCAUAAUCAGCAGCAGCAGCAACCAGCCCAAUUGAGUCGAUAUGAGUCCCAAAAACGUCGAGAUUGGAACACUUUUGGGCAGUACUUAAGGAAUCAAAGGCCACCGGUGGCUUUAUCCCAGUGCAGCUAUAAUCAUGUACUAGAUUUCCUUCGAUACCUCGAUCAAUUCGGGAAAACUAAGGUACAUGUACAAGGUUGUGUCUUUUUUGGACAGGUUGAGCCAGCAGGGCCAUGUACUUGUCCCCUUAGGCAAGCAUGGGGUAGCCUUGAUGCCCUUAUCGGUCGACUCCGUGCUGCUUACGAAGAGAACGGAGGUCAACCAGAGACGAACCCUUUCGCUAGUGGUGCUAUACGCGUAUAUCUACGCGAAGUAAGGGACUCCCAGGCGAAGGCGCGGGGAAUCCCGUACAAAAAGAAGAAAAAGAAGAAGAAGAGCACCAUUAAUGAAGGCACCUCAUCCAGCUUUCAGAUUUUGGAGCUGAACUAG